AGUUCCUCUCCUGUGAAGAAGCUCUGAUCAGGCUCCGCCGCCGCCGCCGCCGCCCGACGUCCACGUUCACCGCCUGCCUUCCUCGCGCACAGGGGGCGUGGCCAACAGUCAGAGCACUACCCUUAAUCUGGAGACGUGGAACAAUGUUUUACUAUCCAAACGUCCUUCACCGCCAGUCUGGAUGUUUUUCCACAAUUUGGUUAGCAGCCACCAGAGGAAUCAGGGUCACUCGCAGAGAGCUUCUCAGAGUCAAUGUCAAGCGAACAUGCGGGGACAUUUUGAGCUACGUGACAGCUCAGGUUCCUCCAUCGCAGCCCAACCUGCCGUGGCCGCGGUUCUCCCUCUACCUGUCGUCCCAGCUGCAGUAUGGAGUCGUCGUGGUCUACCACAGCCAGUGUCGCUUUCUGCUCGAAGAGAUUCAACAGACCAUUGACCGCCUGCUGCGUGCUAAAAUAUGCACACGCAUUGACAUGGCUGAGUCUGACAGGCUGGUCCUGAAUGUGCCUGACAGUCUGAACAUGAUGGAGGAGGCUGAGGGAGCUCAGGACCCCUUCUUCGGUCUCAUGCAAUCACACCAACUCCUCAGCCCUUACAAAAUACACCAGCACUCCCUGGUGCCCAGUCCCCACAACACACUCAACAAAGAGGGUUUCAGGUUGCCCCCAGUUGACAUCACGCUGACAGAGAAGGAGCAGUUUGUCAUCACCGCGGCUGAGUUCUUUGAGGGAGAGGAUCUUCCAGAGGUCACGGCCAGAGAGAUCGACAUGUUGAUAGGCCAACCCGACCAGUUCGAUCAAGAGGUGGAGGAGCAGCGGACCAGGGAGAGAACCAGGGAGCUUGAGGGAGCCAUGUCGUCUUUUGACCAGCUGAAUAAAACAGCACUGGGAGCAGAGCGGGACAGUGUGUACCUGCUGGACGAGGGGUUGGGUCAGCCUGUGGUGGUCCCUCUGGUUGCCGUCGCCCUAGAGAUGACUCCACAGCACGUUGCCAUGCCGACUCCACCCUCUGGAGCAUCUGGGACAGAGGGAGACCAAGAGAACAUUGCAAUCCGUCCUCUCAGGAAGCCUGCUGGACGUCGCCGGCGUCAGCUGGUCUUCGCCGACCCACAGGUCCAGAUGUCUGAUGGAGCACUGAAGGACCAGAUUGAGAAUCCCCUGACUGAGACUCUGGACCUGUCCGAGGUGUUGCUGGACUUGCCCUCCUCGACCAAGAGGGCCACACCUGCUCAGCUCUUCAACGCCCCCUGUGGAUGCCUACCCCAUGCUGACCUUCAGUUGCUAUGGAAACAGUGUGCCUUGCUCACCGUCCUGCCUGCACAAGGGGGAAAACGAAGUGAGGAGAUGGAAGAAGGAGAAGAGGAGGCAGAGGGGGCACGAGGGGAGUCUGAGCAGGAGCGAGAAAUACUGAGGACAGAGAGGAGGCACUCGGACAUGAAGCAGAUAUCCAGUGAGUCAGGACUGCAACCGGCUGAGGGUUCAUCUGCGUUAGAUGUGAUCCUGGACAUAUCCAAAGAGGACAAAUCUGGAAGUGAGCUGAUCACCCCCAUUGGCAGAUGGUCUCCUCCAGAGGACACUCAGCCACUAAUGGAGCCGAUAGCAGAGGAGAACAUCGAGAUGCCCGAGGCGCCGACUGACACAGAGAGCAGGGACAUGCUGAGCUGGAUCUCCUCCAACCUGCAGAGGUUUGCAGGAGUCACCUUCGACUCUCUGCUGCCCCCCGAGGCCGACCGCACCACUGCAGCUCACACCCUCUACAAACUGCUCGAGUUGCUCUCCGCCAGACAGCUGACCGUGCGACAGACUGAACCCUUCAGUCAAAUGACCAUCAGCGCUGCAGCCUGAUCGCCACGGCGACACACAUGAGCUCAGCCGUUCUCACACUGAUGUGUUCACAUUUUUUCAAAUCAGUGUUUCAUGUGAAUUUUUUACUUAUAAUUAUUGAAGUCUGUUAUUUUUUACCCAGUGUUCCUUAGUGUUUUUAAGAGAUUUUUAUCUGAUUCACUCUGGUAUUUGUUCAUGUGGUUGUAAUUUUAAACAAUUUCACACAGUUACAGAAUUGUACAUUGCUAUUAUUGAUGUUUUAAACAACUUAAAAGGAGGGAGCAGAUUUUAUCAUACAGGUUUUGUGAUUUAUAUCAAUACGGUUUGUAUCUGCUGUGUGCAUUUGUAGCCUUUUAAUUCUUUUAACUGAAACUUUUAUUAAAAGUCUACAUGCUCAGUGAAGC